UGGCCCUCUCUUUUGUUUUCCCCAGGAGACGCUCAAGGAGAAGGAGGCGCACAUAGAGCAGCUCCUCAAGGAGCGGGACCUGGAGCGCGCCGAGAUCACCAGGGCCGCCAGCCAGGCUGACCACGCGGAGCACGCCCUCGCCGUGCUCAAGACCGAGUACCAGCACUACCGCACGGAGGCCGACGAGAAGGUGCAGCGGCUCGAGACGGAGGCCGGCGACCUGCGGCAGCAGCUGGAGGACCUCCAGUUCCGGCUCGAGGAGGAGGCCAUCGCGCGUGCCGACAGCGCGGCGGCAGCCCCGGCCGCCACCCCAGAGCAGGUCAAGGAGCUGGAGAAGCAGCUCGCCGAGGAGCGCGAGCGGUCCGAGGACAAACUCUUUGAGGCGGAGGAGGCCCUGACGAAGCUCAAGGAUGAACUGGAGAGAAACAAGACUGAAUCGCGGGAGUCACAUGAUCAGCUGGUGGCGCGAGAGGCAGUGCUGCAGGGACAGCUGCUGGAGCUUCGGGAGCAGCUGCAGGUGCUGUCCUCGGAACAGGGUGGCCAAGUGCAGGAUCUCCUGGCGCAGAUACAGACCAAAGAUGCUAACGCGUUGGAGCUCCAGAGCCAGCUCGUCGCGGAGAAGGCGGCCGUCGAAGAGGCCAAGACUGCACUCGAAUCCGAGAGGUCGGCCCUGGAGGGGUUGCGGAGCCAGCUGGCCUCGGAACAGGCGGCGAGGUCGGAGCUGGCGAGUCAGCUGAGUACCAAAGAGAAGGCGGCGGAGGACCUCAAGAACCAACUGGCCUCGGCUGCCGACGAACUCAAGAGCAGGCAGGCCACCGGGGACGCCACGGUCGAGGACUUGCGGGCCCAGCUCGUGGCCGCCCAGACCGCCGUGGGGCAGCAUGAGUCCGCCGCGGAGGAGCUCAGGAGUCAGCUAGCGGCCCAACAGGCGGCCGCCGAGGCGCUCGAGACCCAGCUCGCCGCCGAGAAGUCUACCGCCUGCGACAUCUCUGGCCAGCUCACCGCCGAGAAGAGUGCCGUCGAGGCGCUCCGAGGCCAGCUCGCCGCCCAGGUGGCGGCCGCCCAGGACCUGCAGCGCGAGGCCGAGGAGCAGAAGGCCGCGGCAGGACAGGCGGCCGCCGCACUGCAGGCGUCGCUCGGCGACCGGGACGCCGAGGUGGCGCGUCUUAACGCCCUCGUCGAGCAGCUCAACUCGUCGCAGGACGCCCAGGUCGGCGGCCUGUCCAAGCAGCUGCAGCAGCAGAGCGAGCAGGUGACGGGCCUGACGGAGCAGCUGAGGCAGGCGGAGGCCGCCAGGGCCGCGGAGGUGGCCGCCCUCGAGUCCAGGCUGAAGGAGCAGGCCGAGCAGGCCGUCAAGGAGGUGGCGGCCGUCAAGGACAAGCUGCAGGCCGCGGAGCGAACGCGGGCCGAGGAGGUCGCGGCUUUGGAGGCCAGACUCCAGCAGCUGGACGCGGCCAAGGCGGAGGGAACUGCUGCCUUGGAGGACAAGCUGCAGCAGCUGGAGAAGGCGAGGGCCGAGGAGGUCGCCGCCCUCGGGGCUCAGCUUCAGCAACUGGAGCAGGCCAAAUCGGAGGAGGUGGCGGCGCUCGAGGCGAAACUCCAGCAGCUGGAUGUGGAGAAGACUGACGGUGUAGCCGCCCUGGAGGCCAAACUCCAGCAGCUGGCCGAAAGCAAAGACAAGGCGAGAGCCGAGGAAGUGGCCGCGCUGGAAGCCAAGCUACAGCAAGUAGUGGAAAGUAAAGACAAGUCGAGGACAGAAGCAGUGGCGGCCUUAGAGGGCAAACUCCAGGAACUGGAAGAGAGUAAGGCUGCGGCAGUGGCCGCCCUAGAGGAGAAACUGCAGCAGCAGGCGAAGGGCAGGGCAGAGGAGGUGGCAGCCCUGGAACAGAGGCUGCAGAACCUGACCGCAUCCAAGGGCGACGAGGUCUCGACCCUGACGGACCAGCUCCGCGCCCUGGAGCGAGGCAAGGCCGACCUGGAGAAGGAGGCCGAGCGACAGGCGGCGCUGCUGGAGGAGACCAAGCGCCAGGGUGAGGAGCGGCUGGCCGCGAGGGACGAGAAGAUCGCCGAGCUGGAGUCGAGGUGCAGGGACAUAGAGAGGGCGCGGACACAGGUCGAGGACGAGGCGACCAAGAAGGCCGCCGAGGUCGGGCGGCUGCAGGAGGACCUGGCUGCGGAGCGGCAGAAAUCAGAAGGCCUCCAUACCCGCGUUUCUGAGCUGGAACUGAAACACGGCGACGUGGAAAGACAGCUCGCCGCGUCACAAGAGAAGUGCUCACAGCUGUCGCAGGCCAAGGCAAAACUG